GACCUUUCUUUCUCUCUGGGUCUGAAAAAUCGAGCGGAAAACGAAGACCAGAUUUGCAAGGCAUAGAGUCUCCUAAGUUUUGGCAUUGACUGAGCUCACCUCACUCCUUUCUUCUUCUUUAACCAAACUUUUAUUCGCAUUUUCCCGCACUUUCUCGGAAAAUUUUCUGGAAAAUUCCCGAUCAGAUAAUGGUGAAUAAGGAAAAAAAGCGUUUCGUUGACAACUUGUCUAGGAAAGAGCUCCAAAGUAUGUGCAAGCAGUAUGGUUUGCCAGCCAAUAAAUCACACUCAGAUUUGGAAAAAUCAUUGAUUGCCUACCUAGAGGAGGGAAUUAAUGGGUCAAUCUGUAAUCUCCAGAAGACAUCUCACUCUAAAUGCAUUGGUAGUAUAAAUCAUAGGAAAGUCCAAAGGAAAAGCUCCAAUGAAAGGUUUUUGAGUUCAUCAAGAGACAAUUUUGUGGAAAUUAUGCCUCAAACUAAAUGUAGGGACAAAGACGAUGGUAGUUGUCCUGCCGAAAAUGCUUUGGCUUCCACGAUUGAAAGUUCUCCAAAAGUUCAUUUCUCUUCUUUUGAGUUUUAUGUCAGGUCAGAAGAGGGCAUUAACCUUUAUGUUGAUUUGAAUUCAAGCCCAUCAGACUGGACUCAGAGAUUUAAAAAUGAAGUUCAUAUAUGUGAGAAUGUGCAGAAUAACAAGUGUCGGAGUUUGCAUGAGGACCUUGGGCAUCUCAAGGAGGGUGGCAAAGAAAUGAGAAAUUCUUUUUGGAAUAUAAAUGUGGGAGAAAUCAAGGAAGGACAAAUAGAAACCCGAUCCUCCCCAAAUUCAAAAGGGACAAAAAUUGAUCAAUCUGAGCUUGAUCAACUGGAAAAAGAUGAAACAUCUUUAAUUCCUUUCACAAUACAGCCAUCCAAUGCUUCUGUUGAUGUUCUUGAAAAGUCAAAGGAAGAUCAAAACCCCAAGUCAUCUGAGUUUAAUUCUACUGCACAUGACAAUAUAGUUUCUGUUGCUGACUCUUGUGCUAAAGAUGAUGACACCAUGGUUCUUGAUUCAGAUGUUAUAGGUGCUCAUCACACAAAGUCUGUCUGUGAUUCUGCUGUCAAUUCUAUGUCAGAUGAUCCCUCGAGUCCUGAGAGAUUAGACCAUCUCAAUUUCAAUAUGAGCCAGCACAAAAAUACAUUCCUUCAAAAUGGUUGUAGGCAUGCAAACCCAACUGUGGUACAUCCUGGAUGCUCAGUAAGUGGUUCUAUAGACAUGCAGUCAUCAGAAGUUGCAAGCUGCAACAAAGAUGCUUCUUGUUCACGUUGUGAAAAUAGUGGGCUCAUGAAUGGGUUUGACAGAAAGAACAAUUCUGAAACUGAAAAAAAGAGAUUACCUAACUUAAGUGAAUCAGACCCCAAAGCACACAAGAAGCAUUUGCCUGUUCUUUCUGAAGAAAGGGUAUGGCUAUGUUUCUCCUUUCUGCAGAAACAAAACUACAUUGUCUGCUCGGAAAAGAGUAGCAUUUUGAACGACAGGGAAAGUUCAGAAUGCUCACAACUUACCAAGUCAUCUAGGAAGACAAGCUUAAGCUCUCAUACUUUGGAUACAAAAGGACUUCAGAAAAGAAGGAUAGAAGCUGAUCAAAGUAGCUAUGGUAGAGCUAGUGCAAUUUUUUUUAGAAGUACAAAGCCUAUUACCAGAAAAGACUUUCCUAGAAGAUCCAUGAGGCUGAAGUCUAAGUGAGUGAGUGCAUGUGGGAGCCACGUAAUGGAAUCUGCUAUUUAAGUGGAAGCAAAUCCAGUAUUCUUCAGCGGGGGCCAUGAUUAGAUAUCAGAUGGAAUCCUGUUUUUGUUUUUUAUGCUUCUGUAUUUGAUUAGGUAUAGAUACUAAAACGUCAAUUAACCAACUAUUCCAUUCCAUUUAGAAUUAAGGCAUAGAAUGGUUUUGUAUCAAUAAAGAAAGAGUUAUUAUUUCCAUUUCGAUCUGUGGCACAAGUGUGAAGUUUCCAUUUCUGCCCAGGUGUACAAACGUCUGCAUAAACAUUGUUAUUUGUUUUAUAUAUAUAUUCAAUUAUAUAUUUAUGGACA